AAAUAAAUACUGAAAUAUAAAAGAAAAGAACAACAACAACAACUAGAACAACUGCAACACGUAACGGCAACAUGUCACACGCCGUCGCCAUCAAAACAGAAACGGAAAACUGCAUCAGCAGCAACAACAUCAACAGCCUCAAACAGUCGCCACAGCCCGCACAGCAACUGCACAACAGCAGCAGCAGCAGCAACAGCAGCAACAGCAGCAACUGCAGCAACAGCAGUAAUAACACCAGCACCAGCAGCAACAGCAGCAGCAGCAGCGGCAACAACAACAACAACAGCGAUGCUACAUUCUCAUUGCUGAAUGGCACUCACUCGCAUCAGCGCAGCAAUGGACUCACUGCUGCGGCGCACGCAGCUGUCAGCUAUGCCAGCUCCGGCAGCGGAAGUGGUGCGGGCACUGGCGGUGGUGCUGGUAGUGGUGGUGCGGGCGCGGGCGCCGCAGCUGGCCUCAAUGCGACCCUGCUUGGCGCUGCGCCCGCCACAGCGCUGCCCAGCAAUGGGGGCCUGCAGUCCCCAUACGAGCGCUACAGAGUCGAUGAUACCAGCUAUGUGCCCAUCGGACAGUUCUAUGCUGGACGAAGCGUUUUCAUAACGGGCGGCACCGGCUUUAUGGGCAAGGUGCUCGUGGAGAAACUGUUACGUUCAUGUCCGGAUAUAAGAAAUAUAUAUCUGCUGAUACGACCGAAGCGCGGCCAAGAGGUCUCGGCGCGCCUCACAGAACUCCUCAAUGCACCGCUAUUCGAAUCAUUGCGCCGCGAGAAGCCGAAGGAAUUAAGCAAAGUCAUACCCAUAUCCGGCGAUAUAACGUCGGAGGAGCUGGGCAUCUCAGAGAGCGAUCAGAGCCUACUUUGUCGCAAUGUCUCCGUUGUCUUUCACUCAGCUGCCACAGUGAAAUUCGACGAGAAGCUCAAGCUGUCAGUCACAAUCAAUAUGCUGGGCACAAAGCGGUUGGUCGAGCUCUGUCAUCGCAUGAUGUCCCUAGACGCACUCAUUCAUGUAUCCACUGCCUAUUGCAAUUGCGAUAGAACCGAUGUAUCAGAGGUCAUCUAUGCACCACCCUAUAAUCCCGAUGAUAUCAUCUCAUUAAUCAACUGGCUUCCGGAGGAUAUACUUGAUCAGCUGACACCGCGCCUCAUUGGCAAGCGUCCCAAUACGUAUACAUUUACAAAAGCCUUAGCGGAGCAUAUGUUACUUAAGGAGGCUGGAAACCUGCCCGUUGCCAUUGUGAGGCCCUCAAUCGUGACUGCCAGCCUGAAUGAGCCGUUCGCCGGCUGGGUGGAUAACUUCAAUGGGCCAACGGGUCUAGUCUCGGCGCUGGCCAAGGGCCUCUUCCGCACGAUGAUGUGCGAAAAGAACUAUGUGGCCGAUAUGGUACCUGUCGAUAUUGUGAUUAAUUUAAUGAUUGCGGCCGCCUGGCGCACAGCGACGCGUAAAUCCAAUAAUUUACUCAUCUACAAUUGUUGUACCGGCCAGCGUAACCCCAUCAUAUGGUCUGAGUUUGUCAGAUAUGCCAUGUCCAGCGUGCGCAAGCAUCCCUUGGAGGGCUGUCUGUGGUAUCCAACUGGUGACCUGCGCAUGAAUCGUCCAAUGAACACGCUGAAUUGUAUAUUAAAACACUUUCUACCAGCUCACAUACUGGAUGCAGUGGCGCGCAUCAUGGGCAAGAAGCCAUUUGUUGUCAACGUACAAAACAAAAUUGCCAAAGCUGUCGAAUGCUUAGAAUAUUUUGCCACGCGCCAAUGGCGCUUCAAGGACGACAAUGUGAAUGGCCUGCUGCAUACGCUCAGUCCCAAGGACCGUGAGAUUUUUGUGUUCGAUGUGCGCAACAUCGACUGGGACAAAUACGUGGAGCGCUAUGUGCUGGGCUUCAGGGAGUUCUUAUUCAAGCAGCGGCCCGAAUCGCUGCCCGCCAGCAGAAAGCGUAUGGUCAGGUUGUACUAUCUGCAUCAGCUGAUAAAAGUGGUUGCCGUGCUGCUCACCUGGCGUUUUCUUAUGUCUCGCUCGAAGCGCUUGAAUGACUUGUGGAGCGCAUUUCUGGAAAAUGUGCUCAAGAUCGCGCGUCUAAUACCAUUUUUGUAAUAAUCCGGCUGGCAGAGGCAGCAGCAACAACAACAGCAUAAAUCUUGUCUGGUGAUGUUCUUCUUUGCAAUUUCUAAAUGCCUACAACAUGGCGUACAUUUUAGAGGUUUUUAGCAAAUAAUUAUAAUCAUAUUUUUAUAUAUGUUAAACGAGUAAGCAAACCCAACAGUCGGGUUCAUUAAGUAUGGCAUCCGUGAAUAAGAAAAGACGAAAACACACAAAUGCUGCAGAUGCGGUGACCCAGGUGUCUGCCCGCGCCUGUUCACCGGUCGGAUGUGCAAUUUUUGAGAUAUAAAUAUAUAUACAUAAUAAUAUAUAUAUUGAAAUGCCUCUCAAUGGGUGUCGGUUCUCUCGUUGGCGAGUUAAAGACGUAAUUUUUGUAAAUUUUGUGCAGUCAACUAAGUAAAGUAAUACUAUUAUAAUACGAAUCAAAUAAAGCGUAUAUAUAAU